CAGUCGCCAGUUUGUUCUCAAGCGUUGCAAAAUGGGGAAAAAUAAUUGUUGCAUUCUUUUUUGUGUGGGUGCUGCGAUUUUCAUAGAUAUUGUUGGUGGUUUGGUGAAGAUCAUCGACUCGAGCGUUAACUCCAAACAAGUGGACAGCGGAACUCUCGCUGGUCAAAUAGUGCUGAGUCUAGUGUUUCUGCUUAGUGGGAUUUUGUUGCUUGUUGGGGCAAUCAAGCGCAAACCGUCAUUAAUCUUAGCCCAUGUUAUCAUCGAAACUAUUUUGCUGGUUCUUGCUGUGAUCGGUGUCAUAAUAAUUGGCAUUUUUCUGGCAGCCACGGUACCCUUGGCUCUUGUGAUGUUGAUCAUUGUAGUCAUUAUACUGAUUUUGCGCGCCGGUUUAGAAUAUGCCGUGUAUGUGUAUUAUAAAAAUAUGAAGAGUGAAUUCGAACUCGGGGCCGCGGUUUAGAAGAGCUCCGCAAAUUCUUAAAUUUAGAUAGGCUCGACAUGCAAGUUCUCGAGUUUAUUUUUAAUGUAAUACAUAAAACGUGUCAAGUACAAAAAGUCUGAAUUUGAAAUUUUUAAUAGAUAAUAGUACGAAACACGACGUAACUGUCGUUAUACAUGUAAGUUUGUUUAUACUGUACUAAUAAAUAAAUAAAU